AUGGCGUGCCGUGUGUGAGUGGCAAGGCGAGGAGAUUCCGCCGCACGUCGUCGUCGUCGCCGUCGUCAUCGUCGUGGUGACAUCCGGUGAUCGGUGAUCACAACCCCGUCGUGGUCGUCGAGUCCGCGAGCACGUGUACGGUGCCGCACGCGCGAAGUUGCCCCCUCGUCGUCGUCGAGAAGAGUUAUGCCAUCCCGAUUGCGCGCACGGCGUAGGACGUAGGAAAAAUCCAUUUUUUUCCUCCGUUUUUUUUCAUUUUCCUCUUUUUUUCUCCUCCGUUUUCGUUCCCGAUGGCGAUCUCGAUGGAAAUUCUCCUAGCGGCGUUCUCCGUGGUAUUCAGUCUAUUAAUAGUGUUCCUCCUUGUUGUGAUAGGUUGGUACUUAGUCUGGACGUUCUUCCUAUCACGGUUCCGCUUUGUGAGAGAGUUGACUGGGAAUGGAAUGACUGAAUCGUCAUCGGUUAACGAUUUGAAGAACGGCCGCGCACGCAUAAAAAAACUUCGCCGUGAUUAAAUAUUGGACAGUAUAUUG